CCUUUCUCAUCAAAUUAAAAACCCUAUAAUUUCUCUUUUUAUUUCCUCAAGUUUUUGAAAAAAUGUCUGGUCGUGGUAAGGGAGGCAAAGGGUUAGGCAAAGGAGGAGCAAAGAGGCACAGGAAAGUACUGAGGGAUAACAUCCAGGGGAUUACUAAGCCAGCUAUCCGUAGACUUGCACGUAGGGGUGGUGUGAAACGUAUUUCUGGAUUGAUUUACGAGGAGACACGUGGAGUUCUUAAGAUCUUUCUAGAAAAUGUGAUACGUGAUGCUGUUACGUAUACUGAACAUGCUAGGAGAAAAACUGUUACUGCUAUGGAUGUUGUUUAUGCACUUAAGAGACAAGGAAGGACUCUAUAUGGUUUUGGAGGUUAAAAUUGGAAUUUAGUAAUUGUGGAUUUCGUGUUUUAGUUUGUGCUGUAUUAGGUAGAUUUACUUUGGUUUUAGUUGUUAAGGGUCUGGAUAUUGUAAUUCCUUGUUACUCAAAUCAAUGGAAAGAGAUCAUUUCCUAUAAA